GGUGACAUGUGUAUAUAAAUGCACGCAGAGCACAGUGUUACAACAGUGCACCGUGGGGUCUCUUUGAAAUUACUAGCAAGGCUGACAAAAUGCGAGGAUUUCAAUGUCUCUUACUCUGCGUUUUGCUUUACUCGGCUUCCGUUGACGCGUUCGGAACAUGUAAGGAUAUUAAUGAUGAUGCAAGCUGUCCAGACAAUGCCACAUGUGAGGAUGAAGAUAGCGACGCCAAAUUUGAAUGCGAGUGUAAGGACGGUUUCGAUGAGAUCGAUGUACCGGGCCUAACUGCUGGUGGAACCGCAGUGACAGUUUGUGUUGAUCUCGGCGUUUGCAGUCCGUUAGACAACGUGGAUGACUGUGGGAAUGGACAAUGUGUCAUAAUCAAGGAUGAACAUGGAAUAUAUAAAGCUAUCUGUAAAUGCGACGAGGGAUACUACGGAGAAAAAUGUGACAAACUAACAACAACAACAACAACAACAACAACAACAAUGCCUACAACUACUACUACUGGCACGACUAAGCGGUCAGGAUAUGGAGCCCUCUUCCCGUUCAUUGGGGGAGGGGCAUUUUUCAUAGUCAUACUAAUCCUACUGGCUGGAGGAGCUGCAGCGCUGGCAUCCUCAACUGGAUAGAUGUCCUCAAGGUCUUCAAGAUCCUCAAACUACAACAA